UGAUCAUCCCGUUGGACCGCUCGAACACGACCACCAAGAAGAUACUCUGGGGAACUGGGUACCACCGUCACCAUGCCUCUUCACCAGUUCGACUAUAUCCUUGCCAUUGGCACCAUCUUUGCCUUUCUUGAUGCGUGGAACAUUGGCGCCAACGAUGUCGCCAACUCGUGGGCCACCUCCAUCUCCUCCCGGUCCGUCAAGUACUGGCAGGCCAUGGUGCUCGCGACCGUCAUGGAGUUUGGUGGAGCUAUGGGUGUAGGUGCUACCGUCGCUGAUACAAUCCGUACCAAGGUCGUCGACAUUGACCGCUUCACCAACGAUGCUCCCCUGCUCAUGCUCGGCAUGAUGUGCGCCCUGGUCGCAUCCUCCCUCUACCUCACCUUUGCCACCAAGAUUGGUCUGCCCGUCUCAACCACCCACUCGAUCAUGGGUGGUGUUAUCGGCAUGGGAAUCGCGCUCGUCGGCUCUGAUGGAGUUAUCUGGUGGGGCGGAGACAUCAACUCGGGCGUGGUACAGGUCUUUCUGGCCUGGGUCAUUGCUCCCUUUUGCUCUGGUGCCUUUGGAGCGAUUAUUUUCCUCUUCACCAAAUACGCCGUUCUUCUCCGCAGCAACCCUGCCUUCAAGGCCUUGUGCACCGUCCCAUUCUACUUCUUCCUGACCUGUACUCUGCUUGCCAUGCUUAUCGUGUGGAAGGGCGGUUCCAGCAGGAUUGACGACCUUACUGGAGGUGAGAUUGCAGGAACAGUCGUUGGAACUGGUGCAGUCAUGGGUUUCCUGGCAGCCUUCUUCCUCGUCCCCUGGCUGUACCGCCGGGUCAUCAAGGAGGACUGGCAACUGCGUCCCUACCAUCUCCUCCUUGGGCCUCUCGUGCUUCGCCGCGGCGAGGUCCCUCCCCGACCCGACGGCAUCAAAGCUGGUGUCCAAAACUAUUACCGCGGCCACAAGACCCUUGAGGAGCUGCAGGCCGAGCGCGCCGCCGGCCGCGACGAGGAAACCCCGCGCAAGACCAGCGGCGACGCCCCCUCCGAGGAGAACAGCGGCAAGCAAGAGCCGCACGUCGUCGCGUCGUCCGAAUCCGAAUCCAGCAACGACGACGUCGUUAUCAUCUCUGGAAAGCGGCCCGAGGGCAGCAACUAUAGCCCGCAGGUCCUCUUCUGGCAGGCCAAGCGCUGGUUCUUCCGUGGUAUCGAGCAGGAUGUCAUUGGCAUGCAGAACAAGCGGAAUAUCCUCACGGGCGAUAUCGAUGAGGUGCAUGCGCAUGCGACGCACUUUGAGAACCGCGCCGAGUACAUGUUUUCGUUCCUGCAGGUCUUGACGGCCUCGACGGCUUCAUUCACCCACGGCGCGAAUGACGUUUCCAACGCCAUCGGCCCCUAUGCCACCAUCUACGGCAUCUGGAAAAACACCACCCUCGAAGGCUCCAAGACCGAGGUCCCGUACUGGAUUCUCGCCUUCGGCGGUGCCGCGAUUGUCAUCGGCCUCUGGACCUACGGCUACAACAUCAUGCGCAACCUGGGUAACCGCAUCACCCUGCACUCGCCAUCCCGCGGCUUCACCAUGGAGCUCGGCUCCGCCAUUACCAUCAUCAUGGCCACGAAAUUGAAACUCCCCGUCUCAACAACCCAAUGCAUCACGGGCGCCACCGUCGGCGUGGGCCUCUGCAACGGCACAUGGCGCACAAUCAACUGGCGGAUGGUCGCGUGGAUCUACAUGGGCUGGAUCAUUACGUUGCCCGUUACGGGGAUCAUCUCCGGGUGUCUGGUGGGCAUUAUUGUUAAUGCGCCCCGCUGGGGAUUGUCGUAUGGCAGUGGGGAGAUUCCGCAAAGUGUGCUCAAUGCCACUGCUGCUGCGGUUUCUUUCUAGAGGGGUGUGUGGAUUGGAUGGGUGUGUGGAGGAGAAGAGACUCCGCUCUUUUGUUUCUUCUGCUGUGUAAUCGUUCCCAGUUGGUCCGGUCGACGUACCUGGCUGGCUUGGGGAGGGGACGUGGAUAGGGUGAUAGAGUCUAUGUACUUGCGAUUGAGAUCGUGUUAUAAUAUUAUAUACUAUAUAUUGUGCUGUGAUGAAG